AUGACGGGCUCCGUCGCCGCGCCGGCGUGGCUCGCUGCGGGCUGCGAGAUCGAGGUGCUAGCUGACGAGGAUGGCCUGCGCGGCUCGCGCUACGCCGCCCGCGUCCUCUUGCCCCCCAAGCAAGGAAAGGUGCGGCUCCAAUACGCCACCAUUCUGUGCGCGGACGGGCAGUCGGCGCUGCGCGAGGCGGUGGACGCCACUUGGCUGCGUCCGCCGCCGCCGCCGACGCCGCCCGACUUCUUCGCCAGCCUUCAGACCGGCGACCCGCUCGAGCUGUGGCACGGCGACGGUUGGUGGGAGGUCAACCUCACCGACGCGGGAAGGGAAGCCAGCGACGGUGCCGGCAAGCUGUACGCGGUGCGGUCCCCGCACUACGCGUCCGAGUACCGUGUCAGCGCGCAGCGGCUGCGGCCGCGAUGGACCUUUUGCGGCAGCCACUGGAAGGCGGAGGCGCCCGCUGGUCUCGUCGUGUACGAAGGCGCCGCCCCCGACGCGUUUGCGGGGCCGCGCGAGACACCGACCGCGGCCCAGGCGGACGCGCUGCGCGAGACGGUCAGCGUCCUCGACGAGUCGGGGGAGAGCAUCCGCAAGGCGUUUGGCGGCGCGCCGCCCGGAUCGGUCGCUGCGCUCCUCGCCGCGAUCGCGGCGGCGCGCAACGUGGCGCAGGCGGCGAGCGCUGCGCACGAGGCGGCGGCUGCGAAGGCCAAGCUCGGCGAGGACGGCUAUGGCAGCGACGCGAGUGACGGCGUCAUGCAUGUCACUUCUGUCGAGGACGAGGAGGCGGCCGAGGAGGGGGAGGCGGCCGAGGAGGGGGAGGAGGAGGGCGCUGAGCACGCGGCGGCGCCCGCCGCGGGGAAGGGGGUUCGGCGGCGGCGGCCGAGCAUCCUGCCCGUGGACCUCGGCGACCCCGUCGAGCUCGAGCGGCGGCGCGAGGAGAGCCGGAGCGCUGCGUUCGAGGCGCUGCGCCGCUUCAUCUGCGCCUCGGGCGGAGUCUCGUCGAUGUUGGAUGGGUGGACGACCAGUGCCGAGGUGCGGCGGGCGGGCGACUCGGCGGGCCACGUCGACGUCUACUUCCACGCCCCCGAUGGCCGCCGCUUCCGCUCGCGCCUCGAGGUGGCGCGCUUCUUCGAGCUGGCGCCGCACGCCGAGCAGCCCGCCUGGGACAGUCGGCCGGUGGGCAGCCGGUCGGGACGCCGCAACGGCGACGCGCGCCCCAAGCGUCAGCUCGACGCGGACGCCGUAGUUUAG